AUGCCAGGAGGAUUCUUUCUUCAGAUGUUCGGCUUGGUUCUGGUUUGGACAUUUCUAAUCCAGUCUCGAGUAUCCUCUGCUAACAAUACUUACGGUAGACACGUGAACACCGAGAAGAGACAGAGCUUUUUGGAGAGGACGCUGAUUUUACUGGACGUUAACACGCGUAGCCCGGUGAGGAUAUUGAAUGACAACUUCUUGUCGCUGCAAGUGGAUCCAUCUAUCUUGAAGAACGGCUGGUUGGACUUUUUAAGUUCAAAGCGUUUAGUGACGUUGGCUCGAGGACUCUCUCCUGCUUAUCUGCGGUUUGGGGGCAAGAGAACAGAUUUCCUCCAGUUUCACAACCUGAAGAAUUUAGCCAAGUUUAGAGGACCAGGACCAGACUAUUACCUCAAGAAUUAUGAGGAUGAUAUUGUGCGCAGUGACAUUGCCCUGGAUAAACAGAAGGGAUGUAAACUGGCCAGUCACCCAGACAUGAUGCUGGAGCUGCAGCGGGAGAAAGCGGCUCAGAUGCAGCAGGUUUUAUUGAAGGAGCAGCUAUCCAACCUUUACAGUGAUGUUACAAUAACAGCCAGGUCUUUAGACAAACUGUACAAUUUUGCUGACUGCGCUGGCCUGCACCUGAUCUUUGGACUCAAUGCCUUACACCGAAAUCCUGACAACUCGUGGAAUGCAUCUAGUGCGCUGGGUUUGUUGAAAUACAGUGCUGGAAAGAAGUAUAACAUAUCAUGGGAGCUGGGCAAUGAGCCCAACAGUUACCGCACAAUGGUAGCACGAUCAAUCAACAGCACUCGACUGGCCCAGGAUUACAUUCUUCUGAAGACGCUGCUACAGUCUGUCCGCUACUACAGCCGGGCCAAUCUUUAUGGACCUAACAUUGGCCGUCCUCGCAAAAAUGCUAUCCUGCUACUGGAUGGGUUCAUGAAAAAUGGUGGUUCUGUUGUUGACGCAGUUACGUGGCAACAUUUUUACAUUGAUAGACGCGUGACCAAGGUGGAGGACUUUUUGAAAACACGACUUCUGGACACCUUAACAGACCAGAUCAACAAGGUGUUGAAGAUUGUAAAGAUGCAUGCUCCGGAGAAGAGGGUGUGGUUAGGUGGAGUUGGACCUGCAUGGUCUGGAGGUCUUAACAAUUUGUCAGACACUUUUGCUGCUGGAUUCUUGUGGCUAAAUACUCUCGGAAUUUCUGCAAUGCAAGGAAUUGAUGUUGUGCUUCGACAUUCGUUUUUUGACUACGGUUACAGCCAUCUAGUGGAUCAGCAAUUCAAUCCUUUACCUGAUUACUGGUUGUCUCUGCUUUUUAAACAUCUCGUGGGUCCCAGGGUGUUGGCAGUUCACAUCGCCACUCUCCAGAGAAAGCCCCGUCCUGGGAGAGUAAUCCGAGACAAGCUACGCAUAUAUGCCCACUGUACAAGCUUUGCAAACCACAACUAUGUCAGAGGAUCAAUAACAAUUUACAUCAUCAAUCUGCAUCGAUCGAGAAAGAAAAUAAAGCUGGCUGGGACAUUACGAAAUAAAACAGUUCACCAAUAUUUGUUACAACCAUUUGGAGCUGAUGGCCUCCACUCAAAGUCGGUUAUGCUGAAUGGAGAGCCCUUGGUCAUGGUAGACAGUGACACUUUCCCUGAACUAAAACCACGGACACUCAGAGCAGGGCGAACAAUCGCCAUGCCACCACUUUCCAUCGGCUUUUACGUUAUCAAGAACAUCAAUGCUUAUGCCUGUCGCAAACAAUGA